CCGCCGCGGAUCGCGUGGUCUGGCUCGGCUCUCCGCGCCGCUCCCCCCCGGGCCCGUCCGCACCGCUGCAGCCCCCCGAGCCGUCCCGGGCCGGGGGCGGGGGGACGCAGGCCGGGGACCGAGGUCCGCCAGGCCGCCUAGGCGCGCCGGAGCCCUCCGCCCGGCGCGCCGCUCCGCGUCCGCCCGUCCGCGCCGCCCCGCGUCCGCGCGGCCCGGGCCCCGGCGCCCCGCCAGCGGCCUCGAGCGGGGCCCGCGGCGCGCCCGGCCGCUCCGCGCAGAUGGCCACUCAAGUGGAGCCGCUGCUGCCGGCGGGCGCCGCGCUGCUGCAAGCCGACGAGCACGGCCUGGCGAGGAAGAAGCCGGCGCCCGACGCCCAGGCCGAGUCGGGCCCGGGCGACGGCGGCGGUGAGCCCGACGGCGGCGCCCGCAGGCCGCGGCCCGCCUGCGCCAGGCCCGGUCGCGACGGCGCGGAGCGCGAGAGCCCGCGGCCACCCGCAGCUGCCGAGGCCCCAGCGGGAAGCGACGGCGAGGACGGCGGCCGGCGUGACUUCGUGGAGGCGCCGCCGCCCAAGGUGAACCCGUGGACGAAACACGCGCCGCCGCCGGCCGCGGUGAACGGACAGCCGCCUCCAGAACCUUCUGCUCCAGCCAAGGUGGUAAGGGCAGCUGCUCCUAAACAGCGUAAGGGCAGCAAGGUUGGUGACUUUGGAGAUGCAAUCAACUGGCCUACACCUGGAGAGAUAGCCCACAAGAGUGUGCAGCCGCAGUCACACAAGCCUCAGCCUGCCCGUAAGCUGCCGCCCAAGAAGGACAUGAAGGAGCAGGAGAAAGGAGAUGGAAGUGAUAGUAAGGAGAGCCCUAAAACAAAGUCAGACGAAUCAGGGGAGGAAAAGAAUGGGGAUGAGGACUGCCAGCGAGGCGGGCAGAAGAAGAAAGGGAACAAACACAAGUGGGUUCCGUUGCAAAUAGACAUGAAACCUGAAGUAUCCAGAGAGAAAUUGGCCUCACGCCCCGCUCGCCCUCAGGAGCCAAGACAUGCACCUGCUAGCCGAGGGGAGAUCAAAGGGUCCGAACCUACCACCUACAUGCCUGUAUCUGUGGCCCCACCAACCCCAGCCUGGCAACCAGAGACCAAACCGGAGCCUGCCUGGCACGACCAGGAUGAAACAUCGAGUGUGAAGAGUGAUGGGGCUGGUGGGGCGCGGGCUUCCUUCCGUGGCCGUGGACGGGGGCGUGGUCGUGGACGGGGCCGUGGACGGGGUGGCAGUCGAACCCACUUUGACUACCAAUUUGGCUACCGGAAGUUUGAUGGUACAGAGGGUCCCCGUACCCCCAAGUACAUGAACAUCACUUACUACUUUGACAAUGUCAGCAGCACUGAGAUUUACAGUGUGGACCAGGAGCUGCUCAAGGAUUAUAUCAAGCGCCAGAUUGAAUACUACUUCAGCGUGGACAAUUUAGAGAGAGACUUCUUCCUGAGACGGAAAAUGGACGCUGAUGGCUUCCUUCCCAUCACCCUUAUUGCUUCCUUUCACCGUGUACAGGCCCUAACCACUGACAUUUCACUCAUCUUUGCGGCUCUAAAGGACAGCAAGGUGGUAGAGAUUGUUGAAGAGAAAGUCCGCAGGAGGGAAGAACCUGAAAAGUGGCCACUUCCUGGUCCCCCAAUAGUGGAUUAUUCACAAACUGAUUUCUCUCAGCUUCUCAACUGCCCAGAGUUUGUUCCCCGCCAGCACUACCAGAAGGAGACAGAGUCGGCACCUGGCUCUCCCCGUGCAGUCACCCCAGUGCCAACCAAAACAGAGGAGGUCAGCAACCUGAAGACGCUUCCCAAGGGCCUGUCUGCCAGCCUCCCAGACCUGGAUUCUGAAAGUUGGAUUGAAGUGAAGAAGAGGCCUCGGCCCUCACCAGCACGUCCCAAGAAGUCAGAGGAGCCCAGGUUCUCCCACCCAACUGCUCUGCCUCAGCACCUUCCCUCCCAGCAGCUGACGUCUAAGGAUCAGGAUGAGCAAGAAGAACUAGACUUCCUGUUUGAUGAGGAGAUGGAACAGAUGGAUGGGCGGAAGAAUACCUUCACUGCCUGGUCUGAUGAGGACUCUGACUAUGAAAUCGAUGACCGGGAUGUCAACAAGAUUCUCAUUGUCACUCAAACACCACCUUAUAUGCGUCGCCACCCUGGGGGGGACCGCACAGGCAACCACACUUCUCGUGCCAAGAUGAGUGCUGAGCUGGCCAAGGUCAUUAAUGAUGGGCUCUUCUACUAUGAGCAAGACCUGUGGACUGAGAAGUUUGAGCCUGAGUAUUCACAGAUCAAGCAAGAAGUUGAGAACUUCAAGAAAGUGAAUAUGAUUAGUCGGGAGCAAUUUGACACUCUGACCCCUGAGCCCCCUGUGGAUCCCAACCAGGAGGUUCCUCCUGGGCCACCUCGGUUCCAACAAGUUCCUACUGAUGCCCUGGCCAACAAGCUGUUUGGUGCUCCUGAGCCCUCCACCAUUGCCCGUUCUCUACCAACCACUGUCCCAGAGUCGCCAAACUACCGAAACGCCAGGACCCCCCGCACGCCCCGGACCCCUCAGCUCAAAGACUCUAGUCAGACAUCACGGUUUUACCCAGUGGUAAAAGAAGGACGGACUCUAGAUGCCAAGAUGCCUCGAAAAAGAAAGACAAGGCACAGCUCGAACCCCCCCUUGGAGAGUCAUGUGGGCUGGGUUAUGGAUUCCCGGGAGCACAGGCCCAGGACUGCUUCUAUUAGCUCCAGUCCUUCAGAGGGAACACCUGCAGUUGGCAGUUAUGGCUGUACCCCUCAGUCACUGCCCAAGUUCCAGCAUCCUUCCCAUGAGCUGCUCAAGGAAAAUGGCUUCACACAACAUGUCUACCACAAGUAUCGGAGGCGCUGCCUUAAUGAGCGGAAGCGUUUGGGCAUUGGCCAGUCUCAGGAGAUGAACACCCUCUUCCGCUUUUGGUCCUUCUUCCUCCGAGAUCACUUCAAUAAAAAGAUGUAUGAGGAGUUCAAGCAGCUGGCACUGGAAGAUGCCAAAGAAGGCUAUAGAUACGGUUUGGAGUGCCUUUUUCGAUACUACAGUUACGGCCUGGAGAAGAAAUUCCGGCUGGACAUUUUCAAGGAUUUCCAGGAGGAGACCAUGAAAGACUAUGAGGCUGGCCAGCUCUAUGGAUUGGAGAAGUUCUGGGCCUUCUUAAAAUAUUCCAAAGCCAAAAAUUUGGACAUUGACCCCAAACUGCAAGAAUACCUCGGCAAAUUCCGACGUCUGGAAGACUUCCGAGUGGACCCCCCCAUGGGCGAGGAAGGCAACCACAAACGACACCCAGUAGUAGCAGGAGGCGGCGGUGAGGGCAGGAAGCGGUGCCCUUCCCAGUCUUCCAGCAGGCCUGCCACUGGGACCAACCAGUCCCCUACGACACCCACUGGCCAGGCUACUCGAGAAGAUGCCAAAUGGACAAGCCAGCACUCGGACACACUGACUUUGGGAAAGUGAAUGCCCAGAAGCCCCCUGGGGUUCGGGAUAGAAGGGGUGGGGUGGGCAAGGAUCCAUGGGGGUGCCCAGUCCCGGGAGAGUGAGUAGAGAAGGGACAGGCCUAGAGUUACUAAAGAUGGGCCUUUGCGCUAAGUAGCAGGUACACCAUUUGGCUGUUAGCGGUGCCCCUGGGCAGAAGCCUCCAAGUACCCCUCCCCUCCUGUCUCCAUGACUUCCAUCUUAACUUCUAAGGGGGGAGGGGAAGGGGGAGAUUUUUAUAUAUAUAUAUACAUAUAUAUAUAUCAAGUUUUAAAUUAUUGAUAGUUUGUCUGGAUUACCAAAAUCACUCUUCAGCCCUUCCUGUGGCUGUUAGGCCGACCUGUCUCCCUGCCUCUUCCUGUUCCCCUCAAGCCAACUAUGCAGCCCACCAGAAGGCUCUGGCGGUGCCCAUGGGCCCCAGAAGCACCAGCCCCUCGAUCAUCUGGGGUUUGCCAUCACCGUGCCCCUGCUGUUCCACAUGCCCUUCUGCCACCUCUGGGGGAAGGAAACCAAAGGAUCUCAGUGGGGGGUGGGGAGCUUCAGCCUCUCCCCCAUCUCCCCAGCCCAGAGACGCUGCUCACACCAGAAGAGACUAUUGAAAGAUGAUUCAUUUUAUUUUUUUUCUCUGAUCUUUCCAUUCUUGGGAAAACAGAAAAAAAGAAAAAGGAAAAAAAAAAAAAAGAAGAAAGAAAAAAAAGACAAAAUCGACCACUAAAAAAAAAAAAAAAAGAAAAAAAAGUCAAAAAAAUCAGAACCCACCUAAUCCAUAGAAAGUGCUGUCUUUCCCCCUCCUUGGAAUUUUUCUUCUGUUCUGUUUUUGGAAAUAAUAUUUUUUUAAAAGUUGCCUUAUUGUGGAGCGGGAACCUGAACUAAUGCCCAAAUGCCUGUUUUCCUCCUGAAGAGCUCCCCCUGCCUGGGAUGGCCCUGGGCUUGGACUGACUAGAAGUUUCCUCGGGACUGAGUUGCAUGUACAGGGCCUCCCACCUGGAGGCAAGAGAGUUGGGGGCAGUUUUAUCAGAGCUGUGCCCAGGACACCCCUGCUGUUGCAUCGUCUGAAGCUGAUGUCCUGCGUCUGCACACUGCUGCCACUGUCUUUGUUCUGCUUGCUGUCGCCUCACCAGGCCCAUCCUUAUCCUGCCCUCGGAACCCCAAGGCCAAGUUUGCUUCAGACUGUUGUAAACAGAGUUGGUCUUGUCUGGUACACACUCGCCCUCAGCCUGCGCGUCUCCCCAACCCCAGAACAAGGGGUGAACACCCACUGAUGGCCACAGCUUAGAUCUGUGUCUGACCUUAAAGACCUUUGACCUCAAGGAGGUUUGUAUCACAAGGUGGAAAAAGGUGCCAUUCUCCAAGGGUCUGGUGUGGUCUUCCCAUCUUAAUACCCUCACCCCCUGCAAGCCAUCUCUGCCCACCCUCUCACUGAUCCUGCCUGGGAUCAAGGGUGAGAGGAAGCAAGGGCUGGGGGAUCCUGCCGUUUGGUGAAGCCCCGUGGCAGGAAGGUAUAUGUGGACAUAGAGUAUACCUGACUUCUCUUCUUUAAGCUGGAGGCUGCUGUCAUUAGGAGCUGGGAGGGUGAUAAAGGACUGAGCACAUAGGCUGGGGAGACUGCAUGCCCACCCCACACUGGGACCUGGACAGCAUAAGGCAGGUGUGGUCUUUUUGCUCAGUUGCUGAAACUUGUGUGGCCCUCCUCAUCACUGAGUUCCUCUGUUGUCCCAAAGGCGGGGACUAGGACAUAGCAUCCCAGGCUGGCAAGAGCUUACCUUCUGUCUUUGGGUACCUUGUUGCUUUUAGCUCGUGCCCUGUCCCACUCUGCCUUCCCGGUGCUUAGUGUGUGGGAAUCCUGUGUCAGUUCCUGUGACUCAGUUGUCUCAAAUGAUAUGGGAAUAGGGUCUGCUGGUGGGAUUUGAGGCCCUCUCCUAAGUCUGGUACCUGCCCCAGGCAUGGUGCACCUUCACCAAAUAGUGGGCUCCCUUCUCCUUUCCCCUUUCUCCUUUCCUCGCUUUGCCCUAUACUGUAUAUCCAGCACCACAGAACCUCAGGGCUUUGAGGCCCCGGUGUGGAGGAAGGUGGUUCCCAUCUAGACUAUCCAGGCUAGGUUUGCCAUCCUCUCCCGGAUCCUCCCAGGCCCACUGAGGGAAGAGGCCCCUUUGGGGUGAGAAGGCAAGGCUAUCAUCUCAACACAGGCUGAGGAGGGGUGGGAGUGUGUGUGUGUGUGUGUGUGUGUGUGUGUGUGUGUAUGUGUGUUUUGUUUGUAUUUUUUGUGACAUGUUAGGAGUUGACGUUGCAGAGUAGUUUACAUCUUCACCUUCUGAAGACACUUGAAUUUAGGACCGAUGUAUCUGUGACAAGUAUGCCAGGAGUGGCAGGGGCCACCAGAGCAAGCCACUUCCCUAUCACCAUCUUCCCACGGGAUCCAAGACCUGAGACAGCCUGCCAAAUGGAACCGCCUUCAUCCUCUGCCUGUGCAGGGUUGGGCAUCCGCCUGGGCCCAACAAGAAGCAGAUUGUGUUUUGCCCUCUGAGCCUCAGAGCAAAUUUGCUACUUCAAGAGAAGGCUGCCUGGCCCUGCUUCAGCCUGGACCCCAGGUUCAGACAGAGGUGCUGAGCCCCAUGUCAAGUUGUUAAAUGUUUCUGUUCUGUAGCUCUUUCCCACUCCUUUUUGGUUACAUUUACAAAAGAAAGCAAGCUGCUUGGAAGGUCUGGAAGUGAGAAAAAGGGCAUGCAGACAAGGCUAAUGGUGGAGAGUACUGGAGGCUUGGGUAACCUGGUCCCCCUGGAUGGGACCCCAGAGUACCUCUCUUGCUAAAGGGCCCCUGGUUCUCCCCAGCUCCCACCCUUUCCUCCAGCCAUGGUGAUGGCAGAGGCAGAAGAGAACUCUCAGCCCAGUUCUCACAGGAAAGGAAAACUUGUCAUGGGCUUUGCAGAGAAGGUUCCACCUUAACGCUCGUACAUUGUCUUUACCAUGUGCUAGGAUAUCACAUUCAACAGGACAAAAAAAAAAUGUAAAAUACUUGAAUGAGCUUGUAUCAUAACAUUAAUAUUAUUGAGAGUGUCUGCUUCCCAGGCUGAAGUGAUUCAUUCAUUAUUCUGGUCCUGCUCUAGUCCUUUGUAAUUGGUGGUAAUUAUUAUGCUUUUCUUUUUAAUACAAAAAAAUGUAUAAAAAUAAAAACUUGAAAAGGCAAAAAA